AUGUUUGAGGGAUUGUGUAAAUGUACGGUUUCUUGUGUUCUAAAAGCACAAAACCUUUCUGGUACUCUUCCACCUGAUCUUGUGAGGUUGCCUUUUCUUCAAGAAAUUAACCUAACCCUCAACUAUCUUAAUGGUACAAUUCCCAAACAAUGGGCUACAUUAAGUCUUGUAAACAUUUCCUUCUAUGGAAAUCGUCCAUCUGGUCCAAUUCCAAAGGAGUUUGGAGACAUCGCCACUCUCAAAAGCUUGGUAUUGGAGUUCAACCAGCUAUCAGGAAAUCUUCCUCCAGAACUUGGGAGUCUUAACCAGAUUGAAAGACUGCUUCUUUCCUCCAACAAUUUCACUGGAGUGUUACCUGCAACAUUUGCUAAGUUCACUGCAUUGAAGCAAUUCAUCAGCACUUUAGGUUGA